AUGUACGUGUCUUUUGCCCCCGAGGUAUCGCCCCGGCCAGCCACAACCGACGCCGGCGUGAAGACACCAUUACAGCCCAAGUCGACGAAUUCUUUGGAUCAGCUCGCGAAACCAUUCAAAUGCCCAGGCUCAGCGAUCUACACUCGAGUAUCGGAGAAGCCAGCGAGGAAGCGACGAAAGGUCAACUACGCCGACGCGGAUGGUAGUACAGAGGAUGGAGCCGAGAAGCCGUACACAAAUGAGGAUCGACUAGCACUAGCAACGCGAGAAGUGAAUAAGUUCCCUGUGUUUAAACCAAAGGAUAAAGAUGCAGCGUUUCGACAGAGGUUUCGCAUCCCUUUCAUCAACAAAUCUACGGACGAAUACAAUGCCGGUCGAGCGGCGCCAACGCUGGGUAUGCGACAGGGUGCUACAUUCGUUGUUAAACCGUUACAUGAUCCCAGUGGAGAGUUUGCUAUUGUACUUUACGACCCGACUAUCGACGAUAUUACGGAAAAACCUAUUGUUACGGACCCGGCGGCCCCCAAAGAAGAUGAACCGAAAUUGGACGAACCGCUGCGGCCGAAAGUACCUGUGGUUAUCGAUCCUCGACUAGCCAAGGUUCUUCGGCCCCAUCAAGUGGAGGGUGUGAAGUUUAUGUAUCGAUGUACUACAGGCAUGGUUGAUAGCAAUGCCAAUGGAUGUAUCAUGGCAGAUGGCAUGGGAUUAGGAAAAACGCUUCAAUGUAUCUCUUUGAUGUGGACUUUGCUCAAGCAAGACCCGGAGGCUGGCAAAACAACCAUCCAGAAAUGUGUGAUCGCAUGCCCCUCUAGUUUGGUGGGUAAUUGGGCAAACGAACUAGGAAAAUGGCUUGGCAAGGAUGCGACUACACCUUUUGCAAUAGACGGCAAAGCAUCUAAGGCCGAGCUUACCCUUCAGAUCAAGCAGUGGGCAAUCGCAUCGGGUCGCGGCAUCGUGCGACCCGUCCUCAUUGUAUCCUAUGAAACACUCCGAAUGUACGUGGAAGCGCUGAAGGACACGCCAAUUGGACUUCUCCUCUGCGACGAGGGUCACCGACUGAAAAAUAAGGAGAGUUUGACAUGGACUGCUCUGAACAGCCUCAACGUGAGCAGACGUGUCAUCCUUUCUGGUACACCCAUCCAAAAUGAUCUUUCAGAAUAUUUCUCUUUGCUCCACUUUGCCAAUCCCAACUUGCUGGGCUCUCAGGCGGAUUUCCGCAAAAGAUUUGAGCUUCCCAUCCUGCGUGGCCGGGAUGCAGCAGGAACUGAGGACGCCCGAAAGCUUGGUGACGAACGCCUUUCAGAGCUUUCUGGCAUUGUGAACAAGUUCAUCAUUCGCCGAAGCAACGAUCUUCUGUCGAAGUACUUACCUCUUAAGUACGAACACGUUGUCUUCUGCAAUAUGGCUCCAUUCCAGCUGGGCCUGUAUAAUCACUUCAUCCAAAGUCCAGAGAUCCGAAGCCUGCUUCGAGGAAAGGGCAGUCAGCCAUUGAAGGCUAUUGGUAUUCUUAAGAAGCUAUGUAACCACCCCGAUCUUCUUGAUUUGGCAAACGACUUGCCGGGUUGUGAGCACGCAUUCCCAGAGGACUACACACCACCCGAGGCUCGUGGACGAGAUAGAGAGGUGAAGAGCUGGUAUUCAGGAAAAAUGAUGGUCCUUGAUCGCAUGCUCGCUCGUAUUCGUCAAGAUACCAAUGACAAGAUCGUCCUUAUUAGCAACUACACACAAACUUUGGAUCUGUUUGAGCGGCUUUGCCGAUCACGCGGGUACGGGAACCUGCGGUUGGAUGGUACGAUGAACAUCAAGAAGCGAACAAAGUUGGUUGACAAAUUCAACGACCCCGACGGCGAAGAGUUUGUAUUUCUUCUCAGUAGUAAAGCUGGUGGUUGCGGUCUGAACUUGAUUGGCGCAAAUCGAUUAGUGCUUUUCGACCCUGAUUGGAACCCCGCUGCUGAUCAGCAGGCCUUGGCUCGUGUGUGGCGUGACGGACAAAAGAAAGAUUGUUUCGUCUACCGAUUUAUUGCUACUGGGUCCAUUGAAGAGAAGAUCUUCCAGCGUCAGUCACAUAAGCAAUCUCUCUCAUCUUGUGUCGUGGAUUCGGCGGAGGAUGUCGAGCGUCAUUUCUCCUUGGAAUCAUUGCGUGAGCUUUUCCAAUUCAAGCCCGAAACCACCAGCGACACACACGACACAUUCAAGUGUAAACGAUGUCGACCAGAUGGAACCCAGUAUAUCAAGGCACCGGCCAUGCUUUAUGGGGAUACAAGCUCGUGGAAUCAUCUUGUCAACACUGGAGAGCAAGGACCAUUGGGCAAGAUUCAAGAUUUACUAAUGCGACAGGAAGCUGGUGAGCGAGAUGUCUCAGCUCUCUUCCAGUACAUCAGUCAUUGA